AAUUAAAAUAAAUAAAUGGUAACAUCACCAGCUGUCAUUUUUGUAGGUUGGCAUCCUUUUGGCGCUUUAGAAACCGACAAAAUCUAUUCAGCCGCCAUUUUGUUUAGUUCCGGCGUCUUUGCUCAAGUUUUGCCCGGUUGUUGCUGUGUUUGGUUUGUUGGUGCAUUUUAUUAUUAUAACAAGUUCAUUACAAUGGGCAAAAAGAAGGUAGAAGAGAGUGAAAGUGAAGAGGAGUAUUCUGUAGAGAAAAUUAUUGAUAGGAGAGUUGUAGAUGGAAAAGUAGAAUAUUAUCUAAAAUGGAAAGGAUAUUCAGAAGAUGAUAACACUUGGGAACCUGAGGACAAUCUAGAUUGUCCUGAACUUAUUUCUGAGUUUGAGAGGAAUCGUAAAAGUAAGAAGGCUGCUGGCAAAGAAAAGAAAAGAACAAGAGAUAAUUCUACAUCUUCCGUGGAUUCAAACAAUUCAUCCACUAAAGAAAAAGAAAAAAAGAAAAAGAAAGGCCGUUCUCCAUCACCCGAGUCUGAAAGUGAACCCAGCUCUAAAAAAUCAAAAAUAGAUGAUUCAGAUGAUGACAAAAAGAGCAAAAAGAAGUCGUCAUCAAAAGAUGCUGAUUCCGAUGAUGAUAAAGGAAAAAAGUCAAAGAAGAAAGACAAAAGUGCUUUAGAUGAUGACUCUGACGAUGAGAAGUCAAAAAAGUCAAAAAAAAAAGAUUCUGAUUCAGAAGAUGAAAAAAAGAAAAAGAAGAGAAAAAGUGGUCCUAAAUCUCGUAAAGCUGCCGUUUCAGAUGACUCAGAUGAAGAUGAAGCCCCAAAAAAGAAAACUGAAAGUCGGGCGAAAAAAGAUGAUGAAAAAUCCAAGAAAAAAGCUGAUGAUUCUGAUGAUGAAGAUGAUCCGAAGAAGAGCAAAAAAGUUGACAACAAGGAAAAAAAGGGUGCUAAACCUAAAGACAAAGAGAAGUCUGCAUUUGACAAAGGUUUAGAAGCUGAUAAAAUUAUUGGAGCAUCUGACACUAGUGGUCAAUUGAUGUUCUUGAUGAAAUGGAAGGGUACAGAUGAUACUGAUUUAGUUUAUGCAAGACAAGCCAAUUUGAAAUGCCCACAGGUGGUCAUUAAAUUUUAUGAAGAAAGAAUUGCGUGGCAUACGCCAGACGACUUUUAAUUUUACUUAGUGAUAAGAUUUGUUGUAGAUUUAAUUUCUUACUUUUAAAUAGGUAGAGUUCUUAUAUUAUUAAUCCAUAUGUAUUUUUUUUAAAUGGAAGAAACCACGACUUGAGUUGUUGUAUUCAUUAUAUUAAUAUAAAUUUAAGUGUC